AUGAACCCGAAUGCCACUCCUGCCCCAACCCCGAUGCGCGUGCCUGUGCCCCGCCCCGCCCCGACUCCUGCCAUUUUUCCCCGCAGCAAGCUCAAUGAGCUCCCCGAGCUCUUGCAGGACUGGGAGGGGCAGGUGGUGCAGGCCAUCAAGCAGCGUCAGGCAAAGCUGCUCUUCAAACAUCUGUGGUCCCAAAUUAAACUGGUAUACGUGAUGUGCAAUGAGCACUUCAAGGAAGAGCCUGUCCAGCGUGUCUUCGGCCAUGUGCCAUACUUCAAUGCGGCACUCGGUGUCUACAGCGACCAUUCCCAGCACCUUGACGUGGAGGAACUAAUGGCAGCAGCCAUUCAGGAUACCGCACAGAGCAUCAACCAGGCGCGACAGAAACGGGCAGAGCUCAAGAAGGCCCAGGAGAGGAGCAGGGCAGGGCUGAUGCCAAUCAGUCCUGACAGCGGCGUCGGCCCAUCGGGGUCCGGCUCGCAGCAUCGCCCUUCUCCUCCCCCACCUCCCAAGCCUCGUCCUCAGCCAAGUGCCAAUGCCCCCUCUCCUGUGAAAGGUGCCAGUCCCAGCAAGCCCUGGACAACAACCCAGAUCCCUGACCCCCAUCCUGAUGCCGCUCCCGCUCGCCCUUGGGCCCCGGCCGCUCGGCAUCCAGCCCCGGCAGGCCUCACACACCACCGCCUCCCGACCACUCCCUAUUGGCCACUGCCACCACCGGUUGCAGAUGCCUUCCGAUCCCCGACGCCGACAUCCCGAUGGGCACCGCCAUCCGUUGACCUGGACUAUGAGGACGACGAGAUCGAGCCGGAGAAGGGUGCGCUUGAGGAGGAGGAGGAGAAGAAGAAGAGGAGGGGCAAUCGCAAAGGAGACCUGAAUGGCAUGAUGUUUGUCCCCGGUUGUGGGAAAUGCCAGGCGAGACAAGGGCAGAUUUGCCUGGUGGACGUCAAGGGGGGGAAUUGCGUGAGGUGCAAGAACCUCAAGCAGAAGUAUCGUUUGGAUGCUGGCUGGAAGAUGGCGCCAGCCCCUGCUGAGGCCAUCGCAGCGGCACGGCUCGAGAAGCAGCAGAGCGAGAAGGCGAGCGCCGACAUCAUCCACGACAGUGAUGAGUUGGCCAACAGGGUGCCAGUGCUGCCUGCCCCGACGCCUGCCCCAGCAGGGCCCCCACCCCCUGCAGCGAGGCCCCGCCCGAAGCCCCGGCCCAAGAAAAAGACGCGCCCUGCCCCCGAUGUCCGACCCCCACCCCUACCGGCCACAGCCCUAGCACCGGCAGUGGCACCACCGGUACCAGCACCGGCCCCGGCCCUGGCCCCCCUUCCAGCACUGAUAGCGGCAGCGGCAUCGAGAAGAAUGCGGCAGCGCCGAGAGGCCCCAGUGACCGAGACGAUUGAACUCUUGGACUCACCAGCACCGGCCCCCCGACGCCACCCCCCUCCCCCUCAGGCAAUGCGUGAAGAGCAUCCGGAUGUUCCCCAAGCCUGGCAAAUUGUGGAAGAGGUGGAAGAACGUGUCAGCAAGCUCCUCAGCAACGUGGAGCAGCGUGUGGAGAGGGUCUUGAACACCCUCAACUACUUCGACUGCCUCCAGCCAUCCCUGGAGGGCAAUAUGCUACCUUCUGCUUUGGGAAGGCUCUCCUAA